AGGUUUGCUCUUGGAAGACAAUCCUUCAAUUCGUGCCAUCACUUUGGGACAUGGACAUAUCCUAGUAGGGACCAAGAAUGGAGAAAUACUUGAAAUUGAUAAGAGUGGCCCUAUGACUCUGCUUGUUCAGGGGCAUAUGGAGGGAGAAGUAUGGGGUCUGGCAGCGCAUCCUCUCCUGCCUAUCUGUGCAACUGUGAGUGAUGAUAAAACUCUUCGAAUCUGGGAACUGUCAUCCCAGCACCGCAUGUUGGCUGUUCGGAAGCUCAAAAAAGGUGGGAGAUGCUGUGCCUUUUCUCCUGAUGGGAAAGCCUUAGCAGUUGGGCUGAAUGAUGGGAGCUUCCUAGUUGUGAAUGCUGAUACUGUUGAAGAUAUGGUCUCUUUUCACCACAGGAAGGAGAUGAUCUCUGAUAUCAAAUUUUCCAAAGAUACAGGGAAAUACCUGGCUGUGGCAUCCCAUGAUAAUUUUGUAGACAUUUACAAUGUACUCACCAGCAAAAGAGUGGGUAUCUGCAAGGGUGCUUCAAGUUAUAUUACACAUAUCGACUGGGAUUUGAGAGGAAAAUUGUUACAAGUCAACUCAGGUGCCAAAGAACAACUCUUUUUUGAAGCCCCAAGAGGAAAAAGACACAUAAUACGUGCUUCAGAGAUUGAGAAGAUAGAAUGGGACACAUGGACAUGUGUUUUGGGUCCUACUUGUGAAGGAAUCUGGCCGGCACACAGUGAUGUGACAGAUGUGAAUGCUGCUAGUCUUACCAAAGAUUGCUCCCUUUUAGCCACAGGAGAUGACUUUGGUUUUGUAAAAUUAUUUUCAUAUCCUGUAAAGGGCAAACAUGCAAAAUUUAAGAAAUAUGUGGGGCACGGUGCCCAUGUCACCAAUGUCAGAUGGCUACAUAAUGAUUCCGUACUGCUAACUGUAGGUGGUGCUGAUACUGCUCUGAUGAUCUGGACAAGAGAAUUUGUAGGAACCCAGGAAAGUAAAUUGGUUGACAGUGAGGAGUCAGAUACAGAUGCUGAAGAGGAUGGAGGCUAUGACAGUGAUGUUGCCAGGGAAAAGGCCAUUGACUAUACCACUAAGAUCUACGCGGUAAGCAUCAGGGAAAUGGAAGGCACUAAGCCACACCAACAGCUGAAAGAGAUUUCAAUGGAGGAAAGGUAUGGCAGUCUAUGGUUUGUUUGUGUUCACUAUACCAUUCCACUAUAUUUAUCUUUCUUCUCUUAAGUACUUUAGAAUUGAUUGAAUGACUUGAGAGACACUGGCACAGGACCGCCAAGCAUGGUGUGCCCUCAUCAGAGAAAGUGCUGUGCUCUGUGAGCAAAGCAGAACUGAAUUAGCUCAGAAGAAAUGCGAGAUUCACUGUUAGAAAAUCCACCUCAAAUGUUCAUAUGGACUAUUUGUUGCUGACUGUGGUGGAGCAAUCCAAGCUUGUAUUUGUCUGAUCAGCCACAGUCGGCCACACAGUAACUUGGUUCUAACAUAGUGAUGUCAUUUUGGUCCUCUUCAAGAACAGAAGAAAACAACCAACCAAUUUAUCUUAUUA